GUGGCGUUAAUGUCUUAAGAGGUCUAUUUUGUUAAAAUACUGAAAAUGCCAUGGUCAAUUAUUGAUUUAUUUAUUUAAAUUUAUCGUUGAUUAAUUAUGGUAUAACUGUCCUAUUAAACCGAAUCCAUAUAAGUAAAUAACAGAUGCCAUAAAGGAUAAAAUGGGCAUUACGACCUUGAAUGAUAUGAAGAAAUUCACCAAAACAUUAUCAACCCACAUAUUUACGAAAUGAGGACCCGAACUUAGCAAACACGUCUUGGGAAUCACGUCUUGCCUAAUUGAUGACUGUUGCACCAGUAAGGACUUGUUAUUAUGAAAAAGGCAUGAUUACAUACGUAUAUGUUAAGUUUAACGACGCGUAUCGUUAGGUAUGUACUUGUACUUGAUGAUGAAAAUUGUUUUUUCUUGCAACGGAUUUUCACCAAGGAAAAUUUAUUCCUAAUGAAGAUAUUGUCGAUCAUGAUUGAGUUGGAUGCAGUAACAGUUAAUCCAUCUUUGUGUCCUACGAACAAGAUUGCUCCUCACCGACGUCAGGUCACUUGGGAUGAGAAACCUCGAACCUUUGGGGUGAUACACCACCUAUUUCGGCCUGGUAGACCACCACAUAUGGACCCUCUCGAUGAUUUGCAAGAACAACCCCAAGAAGACGAUCCAGAUGAUUGCGGGGAAAUAGAAGAUUACGAUGAAACAGACCUUAGUUCUCUGACUCCAACUGGCCAAAGAAGAAAAUCAGAAAAGGAUGAUCGUUAUUUCAUAAAUAACGAUUACGUGAAAACAUAUCACCAUGGGGCCAACAGACCGCCUUCUAGGCCACAUCGACCUCCAAGGCCCGUCACACGACCUCCGUAUAACUUUGAGGGCAAUUAUGGGCCCAAUGGGUACAGACCACCUUAUUAUGCAGGAGGCUAUGUUAAACCAGUGAAGGAGGAUACAAUAGACCAUCCCCAAGCAGCUUAUCACCUUGGUCUCAUCGGUGGAGCUAUUGGCCACGUAGUAGGAUACCCCCCGGUUCGGCCUACUACAGAAGCGUCACAGCUAAGGAAACCCAAUUCUGCAUUUCGGUUUCCCGAAAAUUAUGCUCACACGAACAGACAUCCAAAGAAAUCUCAACAACAACAACCAAACAGAUCUACAAGUAUUUUCGGAUCGUUUAUAGAUUUGUUAUUCAAAUAAAUAAUUUAUACAGAACACGAUCUUUCAUUAAAAGUCUGUAUUUAUUAAA